AUGUUUUAUUUUUCAACUAAAAACAUUUAUGAAUUUUGCAUUUUAAAUGCAUUUUAUUUUGGUCAUGACGUAGCUGCCACGCCGAAUGAGGACACUUCCAUCACUUGCUCAGCUGAAGCCCAGCCGCUUUGGCAUGCACCGGGUCUGCGAGAAAGUAUCGAGUCCGGCUUCGUCGUCUGCCUUAGCCUUGGCGGAACAUUUACUCCGCCGAAAGAGAAAAUCCAGCCGGCCGUGAUGGCUUUCGUGAGGUCUAAAACGAGUUGUCCCAAGUCCUGGUUCAAUCGGCUGACAGAGACGGGCCAUUCUGAGCCAAAUAAAAGCAAGACUAAUGAUGCUUCGGAGGCCUCUAAAAAGGCCAGUUUGGCGCAUCAAGUGAGAAAUAAAGAUCAAAAAAUUAAAAAGUCUGCAGAGGCUCCUGUAAAAUUCUCUACCGCUCGGCGGAAAGCAAAGGCCUAA